GGGCCUAGGAAGGAGCGGGAGUUCAAGCCGAGUGGGGACGAAGCUAGGGGUCGGAGGGUGGGGGAAGAAAUCUGUGGCUGACAUCCGUACUCCCAGACACCGUACGAACAUCGACUGUGACAGCGCCCUGGGUCCGGUGGAGGGCAGCGGGGGGAGGAGAGAAGGAGGAGGAGAUAGAGGAGGAGGCGGGAGCAGCAUCCGGAGCCGAGCUGCAGCAGCGCCGCCUUUUGUGCUGCGGCCGCGGAGCCCCCGAGAUUCCAGGACUACCCCACACCCACUGAAAAGCCUUUGAGAAGCCUGGUAAUUGUUCCAAGAGCUGAGACCAUCAGAGGUGCCAGACUUCCAUGUCGAUCUGCAUCAUCGUCCAGUGAGAUUCCUGCCACUCCUCUCAAUGUGAUUCAGAGGCUCUGGUUCAGGGGCUUAAAGAAGGACCCUACUAUGAGGAACAAUUAAAGGAUUGCUGGCCUCAGGAAUCCUCAUAUUUCAGGAUUUGGGCCCACCGCUCACCACCACACUGGGGCCCAGAGGCCAUGGCCUGCCUCCAUGAGACUCGCACACCCUCCCCUUCCUUUGGGGGUUUCGUGUCCACCCUGAGCGAGGCGUCCAUGCGCAAGCUGGACCCAGACACUUCUGACUGCACCCCUGAGAAGGACCUGACACCUACCCAGUGUGUACUUCGAGAUGUAGUGCCGCUGGGUGGGCAGGGCGGGGGUGGGCCCAGCCCCUCCCCAGGUGGAGAGCCGCCCCCUGAGCCUUUUGCCAACAGUGUCCUGCAGCUACAUGAACAGGAUGCAGGGGGCCCAGGGGGAGCUACUGGGUCCCCUGAGAGUCGGGCAUCCAGAGUUCGAGCAGACGAGGUGCGGCUGCAGUGCCAGAGCGGCAGUGGCUUCUUGGAAGGCCUCUUCGGCUGUCUGCGCCCUGUCUGGACCAUGAUCGGCAAAGCCUAUUCCACAGAGCACAAGCAGCAGCAAGAAGACCUUUGGGAGGUCCCCUUUGAGGAAAUCCUGGACCUGCAGUGGGUGGGCUCAGGGGCCCAGGGUGCUGUCUUCCUGGGGCGCUUCCAUGGGGAGGAGGUGGCUGUGAAGAAGGUACGGGACCUGAAGGAGACUGACAUCAAGCACCUGCGAAAGCUGAAGCACCCCAACAUUAUCACCUUCAAGGGUGUAUGCACCCAGGCUCCCUGCUACUGCAUCCUCAUGGAGUUCUGCGCCCAGGGCCAGCUGUAUGAAGUUCUGCGGGCUGGCCGCCCUGUCACCCCAUCCUUGCUUGUUGACUGGUCCAUGGGCAUCGCCGGUGGUAUGAACUAUCUGCACCUGCACAAGAUUAUCCAUAGAGACCUUAAGUCCCCCAACAUGCUUAUCACGUACGAUGAUGUGGUGAAGAUCUCCGAUUUUGGCACUUCCAAGGAACUGAGUGACAAGAGCACCAAGAUGUCCUUUGCAGGGACAGUAGCCUGGAUGGCUCCUGAAGUGAUUCGCAACGAGCCUGUGUCUGAGAAGGUCGACAUCUGGUCCUUUGGUGUCGUGCUGUGGGAACUACUGACUGGUGAGAUCCCCUACAAAGAUGUAGAUUCUUCAGCCAUUAUCUGGGGUGUGGGAAGCAACAGUCUCCAUCUGCCUGUGCCCUCCAGCUGUCCAGAUGGCUUCAAAAUCUUGCUUCGCCAGUGCUGGAACAGCAAACCACGAAAUCGUCCAUCAUUCCGACAGAUCCUGCUGCAUCUGGACAUCGCCUCAGCAGAUGUCCUCUCCACGCCCCAAGAGACUUACUUUAAGUCCCAGGCAGAGUGGCGGGAAGAGGUAAAGCUGCACUUUGAAAAAAUUAAGUCAGAAGGGACUUGUCUGCACCGCCUAGAAGAGGAGCUGGUGAUGCGGAGGAGGGAGGAGCUCAGACACGCUUUAGACAUCAGGGAACAUUAUGAACGUAAGCUGGAGAGAGCCAACAAUCUGUACAUGGAACUUAAUGCACUUAUGUUACAGCUGGAGCUCAAGGAGCGGGAGCUCCUCAGAAGGGAGCAAGCUUUGGAGCGGAGGUGCCCAGGUCUGCUGAAGUCACACCCUUCCAGAGGCCUCCUGCAUGGGAAUACAAUGGAGAAGCUCAUCAAGAAGAGGAAUGUCCCACAGAAGCUGUCACCCCACAGCAAAAGGCCGGAUAUCCUCAAGACGGAGUCUUUGCUACCAAAACUAGAUGCAGCCCUGAGUGGGGUGGGUCUUCCUGGGUGUCCUAAGGGUCCCCCCUCACCAGGACGGAGUCGCCGUGGCAAGACCCGUCAUCGCAAGGCCAGCGCCAAGGGCAGCUGUGGGGACCUGCCUGGGCUUCGUGCAGCUGUGCCACCCCAUGAACCUGGGGGACCAGGGGUGCUAGGAGGGGGACCCUUAGCCUGGGACGCCUGCCCUCCAGCCCUCCGUGGGCUCCACCAUGACCUCCUAUUACGAAAGAUGUCCUCAUCGUCCCCCGAUCUGUUGUCAGCAGCACUGGGAGCCCGGGGCCGGGGUGCCACAGGGGUAGCUGGGGAUCCUGGCUCACCACCUCCAGCCCGAGGUGACACUCCCCCAAGCGAGGGCUCAGCACCUGGCUCCACCAGCCCAGAUUCACCUGGGGGAGCAAAAGGGGAGCCACCUCCACCAGUAGGACCUGGUGACAGUGUUGGGCUACUGGGAACUGGAAGGGAAGGUACGGCAGGACGGGGAGGAAGCCGGGCUGGGUCCCAGCACUUGACCCCAGCUGCACUGCUGUACAGGGCUGCUGUCACCCGAAGUCAGAAACGUGGCAUCUCCUCAGAGGAAGAGGAAGGAGAAGUGGACAGUGAAGUAGAACUGACAUCAAGCCAGAGGUGGCCUCAGGGCCUGAACAUGCGCCAGUCACUAUCCACCUUCAGCUCAGAGAAUCCAUCAGAUGGGGAGGAAGGCACAGCUAGUGAGCCUUCCCCUACUGGCACACCUGAAGUUGGCAGUACCAACACAGAUGAGCGGCCAGAUGAGCGGUCUGACGACAUGUGCUCCCAGGGUUCAGAAAUCCCACUGGACCCACUUGCUUCAGAGGUGGUUCCUGGCCCUGAACCCAGCUCCUUGUCCAUCCAACACCAGAACCUACUCAGAAGGGAGCAGGGUCCUCCCAAUUCUGAGGACUCAGACUGUGACAGCACUGAACUGGACAACUCCAACAGUGGUGAAGCCUUGCAGCCCCCAGCCUCCCUUCCUCCAUGAAAGCCACUCUUACUCUUGUACAUAGAGAAAUAUUUAUAUAAAUAAUAUAUAUGCGCCACGUAAUCAACAGAGAAAGACAGGGCUAUCCCAGCCUCGUCAGACUCAAGGGAGACUGACCCCUGACCAAUUCACCUGAUACACUCUAGGGACACCAGUAGCUGUGGAAAUGAAGGACAAGGACUGCCCUAGAGCUAUGGGUAAGGGCAAACUGGCCCCUUCCUGCUUCACCUCAUUAUGUUCAGCAAGCAGUCAGGCAACAGAAAAGCCAGACUUGCCUGCCAUGUUCCUCUAUACUCUUUCUCCCAAAUCCCAGGGGAAAAGGAGAGGGAACCACUUAACUGCACUUUUUUGUUUUCCAUUUACUGUUUACACAUUUUGCACUUGGGAGGAGGGAGGCUAAAGCUGGGUCCUCCCCUCUGAGGUUUCUCAGGUGGCAAUGUAACUAAUUUCUUUGUCCCUCCAUUUCUCUGCCCAAGCCCUGGCUUAGGGUCUAGGGGGAGGUUAGGAGAUUGUGAAAGCAUGUGAUGGCUCAAGCUGAAGAACUGGGGUGUUGUUUAAGUCCCUGCUUUUAUCUUGGUGCUUGAUUGGGGUGGGGACUGUCAUAUUGUAACCCCUGUGAAAAACCUUGAAAUAUAACCACUCCAUGCAGGCCCA